GCCUGCGCGGCGCGGAUGGACAAGGAAGAGGCCUCUGCUACGCGGCCUGAAAGGCGGACAGGUGGACGUACGCGUCGCUACGUGCGUGGGUGCGCACGCACGGCUUGUAGUCCCCGCGAAAGGGAGGGUCGAGCCAGGUUACCACCAAAGAACAUGAUUUUGGUCUAGGGGCUCCAUUUUCUGAAGCUGAAAAAUACCAGAAUACUCUCCAGCUAGAGCAAGAAGUGAGAAAUCAAGACAAAUUCAUCUCUGCACUGAAAUUACAGGAAUUCUGAGCAUGUUUGAAAUAAGUAAAAAAUAGAAAAUCUCAUCUAAGAAAGAAAGGAUAUAAAGAAGAACCAAGUGGAAAUUUUGGAAUCAACCAAGAUAUUCUUCAAAAGGUUGAAGAUCUCAAACAGACAAAUCAUGGCUUGGAAGAAUAUGUUAGGAAACUCUUGGAUAGUAAGGAGGUGGUAAGCAGUCAAAUAGACGAUUUAACCAGCCACAAUGAGCAUCUUUGUAAAGAAUUGAUUAAAAUUGACCAACUAGCAGAGCAACUAGAAAAAGAAAAAAAUUUUGUGGUGGAUACCGCUGACAAAGAACUUGAAGAAGCAAAGAUUAAAAAUUAACUGCAUCGCUUCCCAGUCUGGGAGGCCUAGUUGGCCAAAUUCCCUUUAAGAGAGUGCCCGGUUUAGAAGUCAUCAAUUUUAAAGGAUUGUUAGUGUCUGUGUUAGAGAAUUGAACUCAUUUGCCAGCAAAAUAAUAUAAUAGUAUUGGAAGAUACAAUAAAAAGGCUUAGAUCUAUAAUUUUAGAGACUGAAAAAGCACAAAAUAAAUCUCCUUCUAGACUUGAUUCCUUUGUCAAGACUUUAGAAGCAGACAGAGAUUAUUACAAGAGUGAAGCUCAAAAUUUGAGAAAGAUGAUCAGAAGUAGAUCUAAAAGUCCAAGACGCCCGUCUCCAUCUUCUCGGGGUACAAACUGUGAUGUAGAGCUUUUGAAGACAACAAGAGAUCGUGAAGAACUUAAAUGCAUGCUGGAAAAAUAUGAGCGUCAUUUGGCAGAAAUUCAGGGUAAUGUCAAGGUUCUUACAUCUGAGAGAGACAAGACCUUUCUUCUUUAUGAACAGGCACAGGAAGAAAUUGCCCGACUUCGACGAGAAAUGAUGAAAAACUGUAAGUCUCCUAAAUCAACAACAGCACAUGCCAUCCUCCGACGGGUGGAGACUGAAAGAGAUGUGGCCUUCACUGAUUUACGAAGAAUGACCACAGAACGAGAUAGCCUGAGGGAAAGGCUAAAGAUUGCCCAAGAGACAGCAUUUAAUGAGAAGGCUCACUUGGAACAAAGGAUAGAGGAGCUGGAGUGUACAGUUCAUAACCUUGAUGAUGAACGUAUGGAGCAAAUGUCAAACAUGACUUUGAUGAAGGAAACCAUAACCACUGUGGAAAAAGAAAUGAAAUCACUAGCAAGGAAGGCAAUGGAUACAGAAAGUGAACUUGGAAGACAAAAGGCAGAGAAUAAUUCUUUGAGACUUUUAUAUGAAAACACAGAAAAAGAUCUUUCUGAUACUCAGCGACAUCUUGCUAAGAAAAAAUAUGAACUACAGCUUACUCAGGAGAAAAUUAUGUGCUUGGAUGAAAAAAUUGAUAAUUUUACCAGGCAAAGUAUUGCCCAGAGAGAAGAAAUCAGCAUUCUUGGUGCAACCCUCAACGAUCUGGCUAAAGAAAAGGAAUGCCUACAAGCAUGUUUGGAUAAAAAAUCUGAGAACAUUGCAUCCCUUGGAGAGAGUUUGGCAAUGAAAGAAAAGACCAUUUCAGGCAUGAAGAAUAUCAUUGCUGAGAUGGAACAGGCAUCAAGACAGUCUACUGAAGCCCUAAUUAUGUGUGAACAAGACAUUUCCAGAAUGCGUCGACAAUUGGAUGAAACAAAUGAUGAGCUGGCUCAGAUUGCCAGGGAAAGAGAUAUCUUGGCUCAUGAGAAUGAUACUGUCCAAGAACAAUUUUCUAAAGCCAAACAAGAAAACCAGGCCCUGUCUAAAAAAUUGAAUGAUACACAUAAUGAACUUAACGACAUAAAACAGAAGGUCCAAGAUACUAAUUUGGAGGUUAACAAGCUGAAGAGUAUAUUAAAGUCUGAAGAAUCUGAGAACCGGCAAAUUAUGGACCAACUCCGAAAAGCCAAUGAAGAUGCUGAAAACUGGGAAAAUAAGGCCCGUCAAGCAGAGGCAGAUAACAAUACCCUCAAAUUAGAACUUAUUACUGCUGAGGCAGAAGGUAACAGAUUAAAAGAAAAAGUAGAUUCUCUCAACAGAGAGGUGGAGCAGCACUUAAAUGCAGAAAGGUCUUACAAGUCCCAGAUUUCUACCUUACACAAGUCUGUUGUAAAGAUGGAAGAGGAACUUCAGAAGGUUCAGUUUGAAAAAGUGUCUGCCCUUGCAGAUUUAUCUUCCACAAGGGAACUUUGUAUUAAACUUGACUCAAGCAAAGAACUUCUUAAUCGACAGCUGGUUGCUAAAGAUCAAGAAAUAGAAAUGAUGGAGAAUGAGUUAGAUUCUGCUCGCUCUGAAAUAGAACUCCUCAGGAGUCAGAUGACAAAUGAGAGAAUCUCUAUGCAGAAUCUAGAAGCUUUGCUGGUGGCCAAUCGAGACAAAGAAUAUCAGUCUCAGAUAGCGCUUCAAGAAAAAGAAUCUGAAAUUCAGCUUCUCAAAGAACACCUUUGUUUGGCAGAAAGUAAAAUGGCCAUCCAGAGUAGAGAUGUGGCCCAGUUCAGAAAUGUUGUAACACAAUUGGAAGCUGAUUUAGACAUUACCAAACGACAACUAGGGACAGAGCGCUUUGAAAGGGAGAGGGCCGUGCAGGAACUUCGCCGCCAGAAUUACUCAAGUAAUGCUUAUCAUUUGAAUACUACCAUGAAGCCAAAUACAAAAUGUCAUUCACCAGAACGUGCUCACCAUCGAUCUCCUGACCGAGGCCUAGAUCGAUCGUUAGAAGAGAAUCUUUGCUAUAGAGAUUUCUGACAUGCGAAAAGAUUCUUCACAUCCUUGGGAAAGGUCAAAGUUACAAACGUUUUUUUUUUGCUAUAUGAUUGCAUUUAUCUUUUGAAUGCUUGACAAUGUUAAAUGUAUUUAUUAACUUUGUGCCUCUGAAUCUGUGUUCUCAUGUGCCGUAUCACAGUGGUCCAAAAUGAUAUAUAGAAACAAAAAUGCAUAUGGCUCUUUCUAUCCAUGCAAUAAUAGUGAGUGUAAAAUCUGCUUACUUCACUAUUGAACACUGUUAUGUUAACUAUCCGGAGUAAAUAAAGAAGCUUAUAAAAAGAGGGAAAAGUGUUUUUACAAAACUGAUUUCCUUUCCUUUCUUGAUAUCUCAAAUAAUUGGUUGGUUAAAUUUUUUCUUUGUGAUUUAUGCUUUCAUGGCUGGUGAAGUUGUGCCAAAAUAGGCACAGUUUACCAAUACUGGCCUGGGACCCAAUAUUCCAUUUUGGAACCAACCUGACAUAAAUUCCAGGCCAUAAUCUGAUUUCAAAGCAGCAGAUAGUAGGAGUGUGUCAGAGUUUUAAAAUCCAUAGUAUUGUACCACUAAUUAACAUACAUUUUCUGCAAUUGUGUUUAUCUCUACUAUUUUUAGAAAGGUAGGUGAUGCUAUAUUUGUCAAGAAUGUAAGAUUUUAAAAAAAUGUGUGUUUUAAUAAGUUUUCUUUAAAACAUUAAAGUACUGCAAUCAA